AAUUUGGCUGGGCUGUCCAUAGAUGCUCAAACCGAUUUUGUUGGAUUCUUUUGUUGGCAGUGAUAUUGGUUUCCAGAAUGUUCAAAGUCCUCUUGAAGCCGAAACAAGGGCCGUUCUGUUAGCUACAGAGGCAGUCUUAUAAGUCCGGAUACACCUAUUAACUAGACCAAUUCCCCCUCAUACAUACAUUAUCAAUAUUCCCAAAUUUUCGAACCCUAAGAUUUAUUACUGCUGCUUAAAAUUCUUCCCUCAGAUUGAUUAAUGGGGAAUUUGAACGAUCUCCCAGCAGAUAUUUUAGUCGACAUCUUAACUCGUCUACCUACAGAAUCCAUUCUACCCUGCAAAUUAGUUUGUAAAUCAAUGAAAUUUUUUAUUUCUCAUCACCCAUCCUUCUCUCAAAUGCAUUUAAGCCGUCUCCGAUACACCGAUGAAAGUUUUCUUAUCAGAGGUGAGAAUCAACAGCUUCACUACUUUGAGUAUAUUGACGAAAAUAAUGAGAAACCUAUUGAUUGUAUUAAAAGGGUCAAUUUAACUCCUCCAUUACAUCUUCAUAUAUGCUUCUAGGUUCAUUUAAUGGUUUGGUCUGUCUUUAUGGAUUGGAGGAUUAUACUGCUUGUCUGUGUAACCCUGUCACAAAAGAAUAUGUUAUGCUUCCAACAAUCAAGAGAGAUUUUGAUGAUGAUGAGUAUAUUCAUUAUUUGACCGGAUUUGGUUUCCUUACUACAACUCAUGAGUAUAAGGUUGUUGAAAUGUACAAGUUAAAGACAGACCUUGAUGUUCUUUUGGUUGGGGCGUAUACUGUUGGCAGUGGUAAUGGGUGGAUAAGUGUUGGGAGGUUGGAUACUAAAUUUAUCAAAGUAAAUGAAGGAGUUGGUGUCUAUGUGAAUGAAACCCUGCAUUGGAUGGAUAAACAUAGAGGAACGAUUUUGGUCUUUGAUUUGAUUAAGGAGAAGUUUAGUGAGUAUCUUUCACCACCUCCUUUGAGUCCAUACAGUACGCAGUAUGAUUGUACGCUAGGGGAUUUGGGUGUGGUUUUAUAUUAUGCUGUAGAAAGUAACUUUGACAUCGAAGAAGGCCCAUGUUUUGAUGUAUGGCUACUGAAUGAGAAGAACGAUAUUCGUGACAUGAAAGAGCAGGCGAGACAAGAACCAUUGUGUUGGAGUAAAGAAUUUCGGCUUCCGCAAAGAAGACCAUUAGCUUUUACCAAGAGUGGUGGUCUCUUAUGUUUCACUUGUGCCUCUCUCGGCGUUUAUAAUGCAUUAACUGGAAGCUCGAAAAAGCUUGUGGAUUUUCGUCUAAUCAAUCAAAUAUUUCCUCACAAGAACACCUUAGUUUCGUUGAAAGAAUUAGGAGAAGAAGAUACAAAAAUCAUGGGGUCAGCUGAAGUUGAGGACACAUAAAGCUGUCCUUUGCCGACGAAGGAGUUAGCAAGUUGAGAUCCCUGGAUACACGUAAUAACUGGGGAGAUGGAGUUCCACAGAUCUCUAGCAAACUUGCAGUGAAAGAGCAUGUAUUCAACAGUCUCAUCUGCUACAAGUGAUACUAUGGAGAUUGACAUGCCUAGCUAUUCUUUGACAGGAAGAAUAUCAUGGAACAGUUCCAUAUUAAGGAACCUUAGUGUGCCGAAGUUGAAGCCAAAAUUUAGAAUCUUGUUCCAGAUGAACAUAGUUGUUGUUGUUAAAUUUUCAGAUAGCUUCUUAAUUGGAAUCCACCGAGAACUUUCCAGAGUGACUGAGAGACCACAUAAUUUUAUCUUCAUGGUUGAUCGCAGGCCUGCUAUUCAGAAUUUUAUCAAUUCCAAUCUGUGUUUUUGAGAAUUUUUAAAUCUUCCCUUUAAUUUUAGAUUUAGU